AGAAAAAGUAUAAAAGUCAGAAUAGAACCAAUAAAAUGAAAUAAUGAUGUCACAGUUCAUCAGUUUGGUGUCGGUGAAGCCGAGCUUCUUUUCUGGCUCGGGACGCUAACCCGAGAAAAUGUCACUUUUCCAGAACCUAUAAUUCAAAGAUUCCUUCUGCAGAAUUACGAAUAAGAAAAGCUGAAUUUUUGACCCUUUGACAGGAAAAACAGUGACUAGAUGCACAAAACCAUAAACUAUGUGGUUCAGUUCUUCAUGGCUGGAGGCAAAUAAUAAAGAUCUGAGGAGAAUCAAAGCCAAUAAAAGGAUUUCCUAAUAAGUAUGAACGCCGGGUCUCUUUUAUAACCUCCACGCCAUUAAAACCUAGAGGUACAAUUUUUGGAUUUCCCAUCACGAGGCUUUAAUUUUAGCCACAUUUCCUCUACAAACACAGCUUCUAUAGUUGCAGAGUGUAGCUUUGACUAUUUUUAGGCCCUGAAUCUCUAAGGCUGUAGCUUAGAGAUUCAGUAUCCAACAAGUACAACCAAAAGCUUCGACAUGUAAUGAGAUUUAAUGUGCAUUCUGACACUAAAAAUGCAAAAAGACAAAGACACGAAGCUUUAUUUCCUCACCAGAGGAAACCCAAACACUGUGGGUGUUAUAGCCAGGAACUUUCAAGGCCACGACACGUUUCCUCAUUUCUGUUUAAACAAUUAGAUCAUUUAUUGUAAAAACAAAUGCACCAGAAAAUCAAUGACUGACGUGGGAAUUUUUGAAAAACUUCCCCCAACUUAAGUUUUGUAUUCAUUGACUAUGACUUUGGUACAAACACUGACAAGGAAGCAGGUUAGUUUAAACAAGUUGGAUGUUGACUUUCAGAAUGAAUUAGUCACCAAUUUUAAAUCUCAUAACUAUGUUUUUCAUACAUGGUUUCUAUUAAGAAUCUAAUCUUUUGCUUUAUUAAACAUUAGGUAAAUAUUAUGUCUCUCAUGUGACCAGUGCCACUUUCACCCCACCCAUUCACCCACCCAGUGGAUCCAGUUUGAGUAUAUUUCCUGUUCUCCACUCCACUCAGCUCAGCUCCCAGCCUCUGGAAAGAUGUCUGUGACUGUGAUGGAGCCGAUGGAGUCACUAUCCUCACGGUGGUCUCUGACCCAAACGGCCGCCUGCCUCCUCUGUGUCAGAUCCUGAAGCCGCAGCCUGGCGGGCCGUUCGGUGCCCCCACACCUGAAGCGGAUCCGGAGAGCCUCCCUGUUGGUACUUGGGACUUAGGAUGGUGGUCUUUGAAGUGUUUCUGUUUGGGUGCUGCAGGAUGCAGCCAUCCUGUCCUUGAUUUACCAAAGCAACAGCUGGUCCGGUUCCCUGCACAAAGUCAGACCCAUUCCUGUGUGGAUUGGACUUUGUUGUCAGGGCUGCCACUCGUCACCUGUUGGGGUUGGAUUGGAUCUCCAGGUGCAGCUCUGGAGGGACAGUUCCUGACUUCCUCUUGGGUUCAUCUUUGUUUCUUGCAGAUGAUUUUGUUCUGUUGGUGUCCCCAGGUCAUGACCUUCAGAGUGCAUUUGGGUGUUUAGCAGAUCGAUCCUUCACUCCACGUUGGUCCACACGUCAGAUUCAAUGUGGACUCAAAGCAGACGGCCAUCUGCCAGACACGUCCCCACACAGGUCAGGCUUUUUAAUAAGUGAUGAGAGUCUGCAUCAUCUGAAUGAAAUGGAGAGAAAUUUUCAAGAAUUUCUUUUGGAAGAGAUUAGAAAAUAUAGAGACUUGCAGGGUAAAUAUGUGGGAAGAAAUAGAGCCAGAAUGCAAGAAACUGAAAUGAGCAGAUGCAUCAUCCACACCGUACAGUUCAUCCCAGUAUGUGAGAGUCUUCAGUUCGUCGGAGUGCUGGGUCAAAGUUCACAGCUGGAAAAUGGUGGACUGUUCGUUCGGUCUGGACCUCAGAGUUUAGGUGUGUUGGCAUCUUCUUCACGAGUAAAGGUGGGAUGGAGAACAGUGUGUUUGACAGAUUUGUCCUCAUCUGUGGUUUGUUUUUGACCUGCUGUUGAGAGGAGAGGUGAACCAAAAGCAAAGUUAUUUAUUUAGCAGUCUGUCAAUUUUAUAACUCAGCUACUGUCAUGAGAAACAGCUCAUCCCAUGGGAGCGUGGCGUAAACACCAGGGGCCCGCAGCGUUUGUUCUGGUGUCAGAUCUCUGAUCCUCCUUGUUGAGGUUUUCCAUGCACAUCCCAAUAGAGAGGGACACUGGGGCCGACCCAGAUUACGUUGGGGUUGCUGCAUGUCCCGUCCUGCCUGUGAGGAUUAGCUCGAGAUGAUGUGAUGCAGAUCUUAAUCUUUAAUAUUGUGUGUCAUUUUCCUGAGUUUUCUCUUUCACAGACUUAGCACAUCAUGAUUGGGCUGCUCAGUUUUAGCCUGGGAAUCAUCCUCCAGUUCAGGUGGGCAGAGCAUCCAAACGUUGUACUACAGUAAGAGUAUUUCUACUUCAACUUGUCUUCACUCAAGUAAAAGUAAAACGUACAGCAGAGCUACUUCCGGAAGUACAUUUUUCAACACGGUGAAGUAAAUGUAACUAAUUACUCCCCAUCUCUGACAGUGAAUCCUGCUGUAGGCUAAUAGACGUCGCCAGCUUUCCUUAUUGGUCGGGAUUUCUAGUGGGCGAUUAAAGACCGUCGCCAUAGCAACAAAUGGGAACAGCAAUAAUUUUAUCUUUUGUUUUCUUUCGCAGUUUGUCACAUUUGGCAUAAUUUGCAUUCUGUGUGAGAAGAAAAGCUGCUGAGUUAAAAUCCCUCCUGUUUAGAAUAAAUUUUUUUAUAUACUAAUAAAACUCUAACCAACAUUUUAAAAACUUCAUGUUUGAAUUGUUGAUUUUUUAUGUUUCUGUGACAUAAAGCUCUUUGAACCGCCUUGUUGCUAAAAUGUGUCUUACAAACGAACCUGAUUGAUUAUUUGUUCCUGCAGAGCUCCGUGAACCAGAACAGACGACCAACCCACAAAUCACAGAACUUCCCUCUGAAACUUGCAUCAUUUCUACGUGAUCAGAAAGCAGAAAUGUUCUGCACCAGUUGUUCGCAUUGUUGUUAUUUCAGCUAAAACUAUUAAUGAUGUGUGAAAUCAGAGAUAAUCCAACUGACUGUCUAAUCAGCUGAUCUGCUGUCAGGCUGUAAACUGCUGACCUUAAAUCUCUGGGUUGUUUUUCGUGAAUCUUCCUCUUUCACAUCAGGAGUUCUGUUUCCGGCGAACCGAGCAACAGGAAGUUCUGGUCAGGAGUUUUCAUCUGUGUUUUCUUUUCAAAAUGAAAUCAUGAGUUAAACUAAAGUCAAAUCUCAUCUUUUGAAAUGUUAUUUAAUGUGCAAAACAGAAACGUACAAGAAUUUUUUGAUUAUAAUUGUGUGAUUCAAACUGGACCUGCUGCUGAGUUCAUGGUUGUUGUGAAUUUCAGAACAAAAAGAUCCAGAAUUUCGGCUUGUAAUAUUUUUAACUUUACAAAGCAGCAACUUUUAGCUGCUUUACGUCAGAAAUUAUACUUUUGGUGUCGCUUUCUAAAUAUGCAUGUGACCAAAUUAUAGUAACCAAACAGAAAUGUGGGAGGAUCCAGAGAGAAUCCACACAUGGACUGAGAAAACAAGCUGCAAGGCCCAAAAUAUGUUCAUACAAUAUCUGACACAUGUCAAACUCGAGGCCCGGGGGCCACAUCCGGCCCGCCGCAGCUCUGAAUGUGGCCCCUUAGACUCCAAACUACAUCAAAACGUCCCUCCAGUUUCUCACAAAUCUGCAAAAUUCACACAAAAUCUAUAAAUCUUCACAUUUUUUCUUAUUCUACUUCAAAUUCCUCUCAAAAUUGGUCAAAAACAGAGUUUAAGUGACUGCUGCCUCAGUUUUACUUGAUGUCAAGUUACAGUCCAUGAUCGAUAGGGCAAGUAAUAAAAAGUCACCUAACAUCUUACUUUAAUGCAAAUAUUGUAAAAAUUUCUUACAUUUCCAAACUGGCACAACAAAAUCUAUCAUUUUGAUUGUAAACAACCCUGGAACUAUCAGAAAACCCUGGAGGAACAGAUAUUUAUUGAUAUUCUAACAGUUUAAUUGGUUUUAUCAAUAUAUUCGGCCACAACCGGCCCUUUAAGGUCAUUCAGAUUUUUGACAUGGCCCAAAAAAGAGUUUGACGUCCCUGAAAUAUCUAUUAUCCCUCUGCAUAAGUUUUAGCACCGAUUAUUCCUGUGAGCUCAGCUGCUGUGAAACUUAUUUUAAACGUCUCCUGUUAUUUGUUUAAUCUUAGGGUUUAUUUGAUAUAUAAGAACAUGAAAUACAUAUCAGAACUACUUAAACAUCUCAGCUGGAUUAAGAUUCUCAAUCUCUUCCACAACCUGGUUUUCCAGGUUCACUAAAACAUCUAACUUGGAGAAAAAAGUUUUAAUUUCAGAGAAUCAAAGUCAGUAGAAAGCUGUGAUUUAACUGAUUUUGCUAAGAUAUUAAACAGUUGUAUUAGAUUUAUAUUGUCAAAGUCUGGAAGUUUUUCUCCAUCUCUGUGUUUUGGAAGCUUUUCUAUUGUGAAAUACAAAUUUCUCCUUAAUACACACAUGUUUUAAGCCUAUAAAGAAGCAAAGGCACCAAACCUUAAAUGUUUUAAAUGUUGUUGCUUUGAACAAAACGGUUUUAUCGCUGCAGUGACUGCAUUCAGAGCAGCUGUGCUCCGAUAUUAUCAUGAGGAAUUUUCCAAACACCAACCCUCCUUUAUUACGCAAGUAAAAGUAAAAAGUUUCCUUCAAAAAUAAAAAAUAAAAACAGUUAAUCCACAUUCUCUUGACUUUUUUCUUUUUAUCGUUGAACUUUAGCAUUUCUGUCCCUAAAAUAUUCACCAAUCUAAAUGUUUUCUUCCUGUAAAAGACUAUGGCUAAGAAAUCAGUUUAACUUUUCUCCCUUGAGAAAAACCACCACUGUUUAUUCAUGUGUUUGCAUCUGAUAGGCCUGUUGAUGCAGACCAGUGACUCAGUUCACUCUCUUCAGAUUAAAACAUUCCUUUGCCCAAUCGUUUCCACCUCAUGCUCCAGCUGUGAGCCCAGAUCUCUGCUGAUUUUAAUCCAGAAGAAGCUGCUGCUGCUGCUGCUGCGGGGACAUGUCUCCAUCUCCGUGUCGGGUCCUGAAGGCGCUCUGCUGCCGCUGCCUGAAGAAGCUGGGAGUGCAGAGCUGCUGGGCUGCAGCUGCCGGGGUGAGAGGAACCAGGGGAAAGUCUCACCGUAAGACAGGGAUCAUGGUUUUAUUUCUGUUGCAGACUGUUCAGAUCAUGGUGGGUGUGCUGAAUGUCGGCCUCGGACCGGGAAGAACAAGCACUCGUCUGGGGGAUUUCACCAGCCUGGGAGCUGCUUACUGGUUGGGCGCUGUGUUUGUCGUAACAGGAAUCAUGACCGUUUUAGCGGGUCGGUUCCCUUCCUCCUGCUUGGUGGGCUUCACUGUGUUCCUGAACAUUGUUGGUGCGAUCUUCUCCAUCACUGGCAUCGUGUUGUACGCCAUCGACCUGACCAGCUCCUCUCUGCUCUGGGUUUGUGACCGCUCCGGUUCUGACCCCGAUCGCUACGACGAUAGCUGCAGAAACGUGGCCGCCUUCGAUCAGAACUUACUGACGUCUCUGGACCGAGCCCUGAUUCUGCUGGCUGUUCUGCUGUUGGUUCUCAGUAUUUCUUUUGCUGCUCUUGGCAUCGGGUUCCUGACUGGUGAGGUGAAGGAGGAAGAGCAGGUUGACAACGUUUCUAAAGAAGACUUGAAGGAAAUCCUUCUCAUCAGUCCUGGUGCUUGAAACCAUCGAUGCCUCAGCAGGGGGUGCUGCAAAGCAAUCCAAACUUCAGUGCUACAAAUGAGUUCCUCAGAGUCUUGAUGCCGAGGACGACGGCGCUGAUGACGACGCAGAGCUCCAUGAUGGACAGGACGAUCAGCACAACAUUCAGUCCUAUCAGGAGCACCUGAUCGGACCACAAAGCAUUCUCACAACGGCUUUAUGAAUAUUUGUUUCCACAUAUCACCUAGAUAUGUCCUGUAGUCUUAGUAAUUGGUUAUCCUGACAGCCUGAUGGGGUCAUUAGGGUUUCCAUUACAGAUGUCGAUAUUCCGCUAAUGUCAAAACAAACACAAUUUUGCAAUUGCAGUAUUUCCAUUAAAUAAGAAACAAAAUUGAAAUCACAUGUGAAUAAAUUUGUUGACAUGAUAAAUCAUUAAAAACAUGGGCGCCAUCGUCUUCCAACUUCCUGCCGUCAUCUUUGUGGUUGGCGCCGGUAGUAACAUCCAGCUGUUGAUAAUGUGACUCGUGACGCAAAAAAGUUUUUCCAAUUCUCAUUUUUAAUUGAAAA